AAUUAUUCGAGAUUUACUUGUUUGGAUACGUUAAAUCGAUUAAUCGUUUCUUUAAACUUCGAUUUUCAGUUCUUCGCGGAUGUGAUUCCUCUUUUCUAGGGUUUCCGAUUCUUAAUUCUUUUCUUCUUUGUUUUCUUUGGGGGAUUACUCGACUUCUGCCGGAGAUUUAAUAUUUCGAUCGAGAUUCUAGUUUCUGAUUUCUUUUUUUUGUCUUUAGCUCUUCUUCAUUUCACUAGUAAUUUUGUGAGAAAAAGCGGAGCCGAUCUCGUCUGAAAUGAACGAGAAAGGAACAAUGAUGAACCAGCAGCAGCUGAUGAACAUGAAUCAAACUAUGUUGAAUGCAAGUCAAAUGAAUCCUCAGAUGGCUCCGAUGAAUCGGAGCUACGGAAUGUGGGGGCCACAGCAGCAAUUUCAAAACCCUAAUUUGAGCUCCGACGCCAUAAAACCUCCGCGUGCUGCCUUCAAUAAGUCGUUAGGUCCUAGGAGCAAUUGGAAGGGCAAAAGGGUAAAUAAACCGAGGAUGGAGCAGCAGCGGCAGCAGCAAUCUUUGAUUAGCUCAGGUGGAAUCGGUGGUAGUGGUGGCGGGAAUUUAAAUUUUAGGAACUAUAACCCUCCGACAUUGAAUGAGCUGCAGCAUCAGAAUCGGGUGAGGGCGAGGAUAACUUUCCCGAAAAAGAAGUUCAACAAUCAUAUGAGUAUGAAUGUGGGUGGUGAUGGUGGUGGUGGGAGGUCUGCCCCAUUUGCUCCUAGGAAUACCACUUCCUUUCUGAUUAGAGCGAAGAAAAGUGGUGGGAUAGCACCGGUGGUUUCUCCAUUUCCGGUGACCCCAUCUGUGUUGCCGACCCCAAUCCUAUCCCCUUCCACCGAGGUUUUGGGGAACAUGGCAAAGGAAGAGUGGGGGGUGGAUGGUUAUGGCUCGAUGAAGGGGUUGAUCAGGCUGAGAUCUCUCGGGCAUGAAGACGAGGAGGAAGAUGAGAGCGACUCGAGUGAGAGCGACGUGGAGGAGCAUGUUGAGGUGGAGAGGAGGUUGGAUCAAGAUUUGAGUAGGUUUGAGAUGAUCUAUGAUCCAAAUAGCGGCAGUGCUGGUGGGAUAGAGUAUCGCAAUGUUUUGGAGAAUCGGGUUGAUGAUCAGGACACUCACAUUGCACAGCUUGAAGAAGAGAACUUGAAUCUCAAGGAGAGGCUGUUCUUGAUGGAGGGGGAGUUGGGUGAUCUGAGGAGGAGGUUGAUGUUGCUAGAGAGGCGAGGGGGGCGAGUAGACGAGGAGGUUGUUGAGAAUGAGUCUGGAAAUGAGGGAGCGAGCAAUGCGCAUUCAACAGGGGAGAAUGAUGAACAGGAUGGGUGUGAGGUUGGGGAAGGCGUUGAAGGUCGCGUUGGUGGUGGAUUUGAAGCAGUAGUAGAAACUAGAGAGGUAAGUUGUGUGGAAGGGAGUUUGCAAAGUGGUGAUGAUGGUAAUGUUAAUGAUUCUAUUGUAGUAGAUGAUAAAGCUGGUGCUGAAGGUGAGACAGCAGAAAGUGUUGAUGAUCAAUCUUCUUCUAAACUUGUGGUUGAAGCAGAUAUUUGUAUGUUGGAGAAAAAAGGAGAAACUUGAUUGUUAGGAGAGAGAGAUGGUGGUUUGUUGGCAUGAAUGAAUGUAAUUUGGUUUUGUUAGAGAGUUUGAGUGUGUAAGGUUUAUAAUGAAAGUUUCCCAAAUAAUUUCAGUCAAAUUAUUAACAGAGAACAA